AUGGCUUCGUUCUUGAGCGCAACAUCCAAUAGGGGGUGCAGAGAUCGGCGAGAAGCUGCGUUCCGGGGGUGCUGGAAACGUGGAGCGCAGAUUUCACGGGCGCCGGUAGAAGAUUCCGCGGGUGUGGAAUUUCAAAACUCCAGCAGUGUUGGUGAAAAUGACAGUUCUAUUUCAAAACCAACUGUAGAUGCUGAAGGAAAAGUUCAUUCUAAGCGUGCACAAAAAUCUAAAAGGAAUCAGUAUCAAAACAUCUGUGAGAAGAGAAAGCAGACUCCCAACUGGGGGCUUGUUGGCCGGUUAAUGUGGGAGGCAUCUCUGAUGAACAUGGACCGCAGAACUUUGCAAGAAAUAGAAAGAGCUUUGGAAGUAGCCAUAAAGAACCUUGAGCAUUUUAAGACUGCAGAGGAGAUACUUGAACAAUUGGUCACUGAAGCAAAGCAAGAAGAAGGCAAGACUGCAGGUGUUAUUGAUGCCACAUUUACAAACUUCAUUGCUGCAUUAAAUUCAAGGAAAAGGAAAUUACAGACAGAGUUGGUAGUGAACACCAGCAGCUAUAUAACUGAUGUACAUAAAGUUCAGUUGUCUAUUACAGAGAAGAAAAGUAGCUUGGAUGGAGCCAUAAAGAUAGCAAGAGGGUUGAAAGCAAAGAAUUCUUUUAAGAGUUGCCAUAGUUUAAAUCAGGUUCUUUGCAAUUUAAAAAUGACGGUUGAGGAUGACGUUUCAAAACUGGAUAAUCUGAAGACAAGAGCACUUCCAAGAUUUUACAUAAAUGGUGAUAAGAGUACCUCCCUGUUGGAAAAUAUGGGGAAAAUUCUCCUUGAUAAGACUGAUCUACACAGCUUUGGAGAUAGUUCCAUAAAACUGAGCAGUAAGGAACAAGGCUUCAAAAGUGCCACUUUACCAAGAGGAAAAACAAAAGAUGACCUAUCGGUUGAAGAGAAUGAUCUAAAGAUUCUUGCAGAAGAAUGUGAUGUCCAGCUUGAUGGCAGUUGUGCCCGGGUCCAGCAGAUGCCUCAGUUGCCAACUCCAAAGUAUCUUGCUACUUUGCCCCAGACAGUAUGUACUCCAGAUGUUAUAAUUGAAGAAAUAAUUGAAGAUUAUCCAGAAAACUCUCCAGAAUUAGUUCUUGUCAGUUGUGUGAUACAUCCUUGUCACUUCUAUGUUCGGAUGCUUUCACAAAAGAAAAUGUUAAUUCAUUUGGAAAAAAUAUUGAAGCAGUUCUGUAAUAGUAAGAAUACAUCCCCUACAGACAUCUUGGAAUUAGGUGCAAGAGUCUUUGUUAAAAGUAAAGAGCAUGGAAUAUGGUGCCGUGCAACAGUUAUUGAACUAAUUCCAAAGCAGAAUACAAAUGAGGGGAAGCCCUGUGGUCCAACAAAAUACAAAAUCUGUGACGUUGCUAUGAUGCAAGUAUUCUUUAUAGACUCUGGACAUUCUGAAGCAUUAACUGUUUCAGGAUUUGCUAAUGAUGUCGCAAUGAAUCCAGAACAUGCUACUCUAGAAUAUGUAGUGACAGAAGACUUGUGCUCAGUUGUAAGGGUACCUGAUUUUCUUAUUGAGGCACAACUUGGAGGUAUAAAUAAGUUAGCACUGAAGUGCUCCUUGAAGGACAUUGUUCCCAAACGUUCAAGUGAAGGCUGGAAUAGAGCAGCGAGAACAGAAUUUCUGAAAAUGGUAAAUAACAAAACCGUCCAAAUGAGAGUGUUCAGGGAAGAAGACAGUGUUCUUAUUGUAGAUCUGAUGAAACCUCCAGCAAACAAAAUAAGCAGUGACAUGCCAAUCUCCCUCAGGGAUGCAUUAGUUUUUUUGGAUUUAGCAAGCUUCCGCACUGAACUGGCCGAUCAGUCUGAAAAUUCUGUGCCGCUGCAGUACUGCCCACCUGUGAUGCCCCAAGAAAGUACAGAAGCUGCUGUUGUUGUUACUUAUAUCAUCAGUCCUGGUGACUUCUACAUUCAAAUGCUGGACAGUCCAGAAUCUGCAUUUUUCCUGAAAAAGAUUGAAGAAGUUUAUAAAACUGAAAGUGGAGACAACUUGGAAAUCCUGUGUCCAAUCCAAGAUCAACCCUGCAUUGCCAAAUUUGAAGAUGGAGUUUGGUACAGAGCGCAAGUGAUUGGACUUCCAGGCCAUCAACAAGCUGAGGUGAAGUAUGUAGACUAUGGCAAUACAGCUAAAAUAAAUGUGAAAGACAUGCGCAAGAUAAAAGAUGAGUUCUUAGCCUCUCCAGCAAAGGCCAUCCGGUGCAAACUGAGUCAUAUAGAACCAUGUAAAGGAACAAAUGAGUGGAGCAGUAAGUCAAAGUGCAGAUUUGAAGAAAUGAUUCAUGAAAAAGUUAUGUUGUGCUUCUUUACUGAAAAAUUGCCGGACAAUACAUUCUCUGUUGAGCUCUAUGAAAGUGUACCAGCAGUACCAAAUGUGUCUCGUAGCAUUAAUAGCCUCCUGGUUAAUGAAGGCCUAGCAUUGAAUGUACCAAGGAAUCCCCAAACCUCUGCCAUUGCUUACAAUGAAGUGUGGGAUCCUCCUCCAGAAGAAACCUUCACAAAGGAAGCGGAGGUUUUAAAUUCUGGAUGUACAGAGCUGUCACAAAUGGAAGAUUUGGCAUUAGAGUGUAACAAAGAACUGCAAGUGCGAAUUAGUCAUAUUGUGUCUCCAAGUAAGAUCUUUGUGCAAAUGCAGUCUGCAGAAAAACUGCUGAACAGCUUACAGGAAAAGAUAUCUGCCACUUACAACAUGUCUGAGGAAGAAGAAACUGUUCAAUGGGAAAUGGGUAUGAACUGUGCUGCUGAUAUACAUGGUCUAGAUCAGUGGAACAGAGGCCGGGUCUGCAAGAUUGUUUCUGAAAACACUGUGGAGGUAUUCUUCUUUGAUUUUGGCACCACCAAAACUGUGAAUACCAUCUGUCUAAGAAAACUUGAUGAGAAUUUGAUGUCAGUUGGGCCUCUAGCAGUGGAAUGCUUCCUAACAGACUUAAGGCCAGCUGGUGGGACUGAACAGUGGACAGCAACUGCAUGCGAUACACUGAUACAAUAUUUAAGUGGAGCAAUGGUAAAAAUAAUCAUACAGGAAAAAAAAGCUUCACCAUUUCCUGUGAAAAUGUUUCACAGAGAUGAUGGAUUGUACACUGAUGUUUCAGAAUACAUGAUUAAAAAAGGUUUGGCAUUUAGGAAAAGAAGAACAGACUUAAUUCAAGCAUUACCUGAGAAAUCACAGGAAAUCCGUUUAAAGCAAGAGAAUACGGACAUAAACAAAUCUACUGCAGUAUCAGGGAAUAUACUGAGGUCUUGUGCACCAGAAGAAGCUGAACUUCCUGUUACAGAUCAUGAAGAUAAAGAAUCAGAAAAAUCUGCGGAUCUGUCCAGAGCGGUUGUAACAUAUAAACCACCAGCUAUUCCUAGUUUGAACCAGUUCAGUGCUGUAGUCUCCUAUGUUGCAGACAAUGGAACUAUUUAUGUUAUACCAAAGUCACAAGAGCAACAAUUAUCCAAGCUGAUGAGCGAUAUACAGAAUAACGUCAGAUGUCUGGGUCUUCUGGAACCCUACAGCUGGAAACAGGGAGAGGCUUGUGUUGUAAGAGGUCCAGAUACGUUGUGGUAUCGGGGUGAAGUUACAGAAGUUGGCAGUGGCACUAUCAGGGUACGAUACUUAGACUUUGGAUACAUUGAAAAGAUUCCUCAGUGUCAUCUCUAUCCCACUGUCUUGUAUGCUGACGUACCUCCUUUUUCCAUACCCUGUCAGCUCCAUAAAACUAAACCAGUUGGAAGUACUUGGCAGCAGGACGCAGUUGAGCUCCUCCAAGAACUACUUACAAAGAGACUUGUGUUGAUACAUAUUGAGGAACGACCAGAUGGGCCAUGGGAAAAUAUAUCUGUUAAGCUGUUCUUUAGUGGGAUGUCACUUUCUUCGUUCAUGGCAUACCACAAACAUUGCAUCAGUGAAGAGGAGGAUGGGGAUAUACCCAAACUGAAUAUAGCAGUAUGCAGUGAUGAGCCUUUGGAAGAAAAUUGUGAAAUUAGUUACGAGGAACUGCUGUUGUCUGAAAUAGACACCCCUCUUCUUCCGCCAUACACUUUCCCAUCUUUGCCUGUUCUUGGAGCGCUCUUUCCAGUUAAAGUAACACACCUCGUGUCACCAAAUGAGGUAUACAUUUCUGUUGAUCAGUCAGAGAAUUCCACCCUAAAGAGUGAAAGAGAGGACAGUGGAACUGACUUGAAUUCAGACUGCAAAACUCUUAAAGAAACCUUGACUUGGUGGAAUCAGAACAUUGAGUCCUGUCCCUGUUUAACUGAUUUUCGAAAAGAAAUGCCUUGCCUUGCACAGUACAUUGAUGGCUCCUGGUACAGAGCAAAACUCCUUUCUGUUAAAGAAUUUAAUCCCCUCCUGAUUAUGGUUCUGUUUGUUGACUAUGGAGCGACAGAUAAGUUGCCCACGAGCAGGUUACGUCAGAUCCCUCCAAAUCUUAUGCAGCAUCCUGUUCAAGCAGUCAAAGUUUUGCUGGCUGGGUUUAAACCUUCCUUAUGUGAUUCAAAAACUGAAAGAAUUCCUUACUGUCCUGAAUGGAGCAUAGACGCAUUGUGGGCCAUGAUAGAUUGUGUUCAAGGGAAAUGUCUCCAGGCUUCCUUGCUGACUCAUUCGCCAGAUUAUACAGUGUUUUUGUAUGAAGCUGGAUGCCUGGUUCACAUGAAGCUGGUAGAAAUGGGAUUGGCUGUGUUAAGUUAG